AUGCGUCCUUUCGCCCUCUCGACAGCCGUCUUUGUGACCGGGACCGUCGCUCAGAAUGCCUGGAAAACUUGCUACGAUGGACUGUUCAUGAUCGCUGCACGAGGCACGAACGAGGAUAAAGGAUCUGGUAGAAUUGGAGACAUUGCCGAAGCUGUCGCCAAGCGUAUCAAUGGUUCUCACGUCUACGGACUCGACUAUCCCGCGACAUUUCAAGAACCGGACUACGAGGAAUCCGAGGCUGAUGGCGUAAAGAAGCUGAAGGACAUUCUCGGCAGCUAUUUCUACCAAUGUCCAAACAACAAGGUCGCUGUCUUUGGCUACUCCCAGGGCGGCCAAGUUGCCAGUGAUGUCUUCUGCGGCGGAAGUGGUGGGGAUUUCCCAACCAACGAACCCGUUACAGUUAAAGAUGUCGAAAAGAACGUCAUUGCUGUCAUCACAUUUGGUGACCCAAGCCACGUGGCAAACGUCUCGUACGACGUAGGAAGCAGCAUUAACGACGGUGUUUUCCAGCGUAACGACACUAAGCUGUGCGAGGACAAGUACAGCGACAUCUUCCACGCCUAUUGUGACACAGGCGAUGUGUACUGCGACAGGGGUAAUGAUACGGACAUUCAUUCGAGCUACUUUAAGAAGUAUGGAAAGAAGGUUGAGGAUCUUGUCGUAGAGAAGUACGAGAGCGCUAUGAGUGAGAGCACGACAACGCCUACCUCUGAGGCGACUGGAUCGGCCACUUCUGCCUCAUCUGAGGUGACUAGUGUAGAUGCUCCAGGCAAUGGUGCGUCUGGAUUGGUACCUGGUCUUGUUUUGGCCAUGGUUCCCCUGGCACUGAGUCUGUCACAGCUAUUGUAA